AUGCCUCCCAAGAGAGUACUCGUCGAGACCUCGUCGCGGUCGCGCGGUGGCUCUAAGGGAGUCUUCCGCCAGACCUACGACACCCUGACCUCGGCCGAGAACGCCCCCGUCGUCCGCAGCAUUGCUGUCUUUGGCGUCGGUGUCGCCAUCCUCGCCAGCUCCUGGGCCGAGUACCUGCUGCCUCCGAUGAACUAA